GCCCCCGCCCCGCCCCGCCCCCGCCGAGACCCCGACCCCGGCCCCACGGGCGGACACUCGGCCAGGCAGCCGCGGGCCGAGCGCAGUCGCCUCCGCCUCCGAUGCGCCUGGUGGCCAGACUCCAAGUGGGACCGGCGGACACGCAGCCUCGCGUGUCAGCAGAAGCUGAUGGAAAAUCGGGCUCUGGAUCCAGGGACUCGGGAUUCCUAUGGUGCCACCAGCCACCUCCCCAACAAGGGGGCCCUGGCUAAGGCCAAGAACAACUUCAAAGACCUGAUGUCCAAGCUGACAGAGGGCCAGUACGUGCUGUGCCGUUGGACAGAUGGACUGUAUUACCUCGGGAAGAUCAAGAGGGUCAGCAGUUCUAAGCAAAGCUGCCUCGUGACUUUUGAAGAUAAUUCCAAGUACUGGGUCCUGUGGAAGGACAUACAGCAUGCUGGUGUUCCAGGAGAGGAGCCCAAGUGUAACAUCUGCCUGGGGAAGACCUCGGGGCCCCUGAAUGAGAUCCUCAUCUGUGGAAAAUGUGGCCUGGGUUACCACCAGCAGUGCCACAUUCCCAUAGCAGGCAGUGCCGACAGGCCCCUGCUCACACCCUGGUUCUGUCGACGCUGCAUCUUCGCACUGGCUGUGCGGAAAGGUGGCGCGCUGAAAAAGGGCGCCAUCGCCAGGACGUUGCAGGCAGUGAAGAUGGUGCUGUCCUACCAACCCGAGGAGCUCGAGUGGGACUCACCGCACCGCACCAACCAGCAGCAAUGCUACUGCUACUGCGGUGGGCCCGGAGAAUGGUAUCUGCGGAUGCUGCAGUGUUACCGAUGCAGGCAGUGGUUCCACGAGGCCUGCACACAGUGCCUCAACGAGCCUAUGAUGUUUGGAGACCGGUUCUACCUGUUCUUCUGCUCCGUGUGUAACCAGGGCCCAGAGUACAUCGAGAGGCUGCCCCUGCGAUGGGUGGAUGUGGUUCACCUGGCCCUCUACAACCUUGGGGUGCAGAGCAAGAAGAAGUACUUUGACUUUGAGGAGAUUCUGGCCUUUGUAAACCACCACUGGGAGCUCCUGCAGCUUGGCAAGCUCACCAGCACCCCCGUGACAGAUCGAGGACCGCAUCUCCUCAAUGCUCUCAACAGUUACAAAAGCCGGUUCCUCUGUGGCAAAGAGAUCAAGAAGAAGAAGUGCAUCUUCCGCCUGCGCAUCCGCGUCCCACCCAACCCACCGGGCAAGUUGCUACCUGACAAGGGUCUGGUGCCAAACGAGAACGGCACCUCCUCUGGCUCCUCCGAGCUGCGUAAAAGAGGAAAGAGCAAGCCUGGUUUGUUGCCUCACGAAUUCCAGCAGCAGAAAAGGCGAGUUUAUAGAAGAAAAAGAUCAAAGUUUUUGCUGGAAGAUGCUAUUCCCAGUAGUGACUUCACCUCAGCCUGGAGCACCAACCACCACCUGGCUAGCAUAUUUGACUUCACGCUGGAUGAAAUUCAGAGUUUAAAAAGUGCCAGCUCAGGCCAGACCUUCUUCUCAGACGUGGACUCCACAGACGCCGCCAGCACCUCAGGCUCUGCCUCCACCAGCCUCUCCUAUGACUCCAGACGGACAGUAGGCAGCCGCAAGAGGAAGCUGGCGGCCAAAGCCUACAUGCCCCUGCGGGCAAAGCGGCGGGCAGCUGAGCUGAGUGGACGCUGCCCCUCAGACAGCAGUGCGGAGGGGACUUUGGGCCCCGAGCGGCCAGAUGAAGGCAUCGACAGCCACACAUUUGAGAGCAUCAGUGAGGACGACUCGUCUUUGUCACACCUCAAGUCAUCUAUCACCAACUACUUUGGCGCAGCAGGACGGUUGGCCUGUGGGGAGAAGUAUCAGGUGUUGGCUCGGAGGGUCACACCAGAGGGCAAGGUUCAGUACCUGGUGGAAUGGGAAGGGACCACCCCUUACUGACUACCCCUCGGGGGCUAAAGGGAGCCCUGAAAACCAAAGGAGGGACAGCAGAAGCCACAGGUUUCCCUGUUUCCUCCAGGCUGGGUGGCAGAGGGAGGCAGCACAGUGGCAAGAGCCUGGCAGAGGUCUUGCCACAGCUGAGACCUGCACCGCUGCUGGGCCAGCUCUGCUCUACUCUUGGUCCACUUCCCCCUAAGGUCCCACUGCCCUUUUUAUUGUCUUCACACUCCACACCCCUCAGACUAUUGGUUCUUCCCGAGUUUGUGUCCCUCUGGCUCUGUGACUCUUAACUCCGGAGGCCCAAAUCUUUCUCUGUCCUCUCACCCCUUUCCAUGUGCACAUCUGUCCCUCACUGGACAUUCUUUACACCUGAUCCAUGGAGGCUGCUCCUCCCUGGGACCACAUUAUGAGUCAGGAACCCCUGAGGGAGAACAGGUGAGGGGGGCCUCUCUCUCCACUUUCCUGCCACUCCUCCGGCCCCUGGAGAGUGGGUAAAAGUCCAUGUGGCAGAGAUACUUGGACCCAAUACCAGAGAGCCAAGAACCAAGUCUCUGUGGCAGAAGGCACAGCUCCUGGGCCCCCUUAUUAAAGCUGAGUGUGAAGGCUGCUGGCCUCAGCUCUGAAGGCCCAAGAAGUUUGUCUGUCCCAGACCUCGCCCCACUUAGUUGCCAUAGAACUGGGCCUCACCUUCCUGGAAUGGAGACAUCCAUGAAAACCAAGGGGAUGGGGGCAGCUGUGGAAAGGGAAGCCAUGUCAUGCUACAUUCUGGACCCACCACACGCAGCCAGACCAUACGCAUGCCCUUGCACAGAAGCUUCCAUUCACAUGUGGACUUUUAUCCAUCAGGUACACGUCUCCUCCCAGCACACCACCAAGCAUUCACACACAGCCACAUGGCCCCUCAGGGCCGCUGGCUCCUGCCCUUGGCUUCCUCUUGGCCCCUUCCAGGGGCACGGGCUGCAGAUGAAUAUGAAGGUUCAGCUCCUGCCCACUUCCUCCAGCACAUGGACUAGCUUUGACCCCAUGGGGGACAAAGCACAGAGGGCUCAUACUCUCCUCCAGAUCCCCAGCCCUGCUGCAAAAGUGAUCAUCGCUUUUGGAGUUAGGUGAGGAAUUUUCAAGGGCCUGUUUCAGUAAGUUCCCUCAAAGGACAGUGGUUGUCACUUGGGCUUGAAAUAGAAUUCUUAGAACAGACAUUCAGACUCAGCCCUGUCUGGAGGGAAACCAAAACUGGGAGGGGGCCAGGACCCCUCAUUUUUGCUGCUUCCAGAGAUAUUAGAAACUGACUCACUUGACUGGGAAAUGGGAAGAAGUGCCUUGACUGAGGAGGGUGGGCACCAGGUUGGGACCAGCCUUGCCAAUUGCUCUGGCCUCUGGUUUGGCUGGGUUUUCUAGGCCGCCAGCUGGAAGACGAAGGUGGGAAGAACUGAGCAGCAGGCCCAGGAACCAGGUUUCCCAUAACUAUGCCAAACCCCCUCCCACCCUGAGCACUUGGGGCCUUGGACAGGCUAGGUGGCCCCUGCCUUAAACCUCAGCUCCUAUAGUGCCUUCAAAGGAACCUCACCUCAGCCCCUGUGCGUAGCCUGCCCACUUCCCUCUCCUUCCCCUGCAUGGCCCAGGCAGGGACAAGCAGGCUCUGGGCCCAGCUCUCAGUCCCACAGCUGCUGCCACUAGGCACCCAACUAGGGCCGGGUGGAAGGGGAGCUGAGAAGCCAGCCCCAGCCCAGCAGGGAUGUGGGACCUGGGAUUCAAACUGGCUUCCUGCUAGCCUCAGUACAACCUCUGAGGUCUGCCUUCCAGGCUCCGAGAAAGCCAGGAUGAACAAGGCCUGUCAUCUGUCUUUCCCCACUUAGGCUGGGAAAGGCUCUGGGCCUGAAGAGGGGGAAAGUGGGAAGCGGGUACCUUGCCCACUGGGAGCCAGCACUAGGCCUAACAAGGUCACUCGACUCCCCACCCCAGCUUUCAUUCAUACCAGAUAAUAGCUGCAUUACUGCCAACUCACCUUAUAACCCUGUGCACCUUCUAAGAGAUACAUGGAUUUGAAUUGCUGCUUUUAAUAAUGUUUGUUAUAUUAAAGUUAUAAUUAAUG